AUGGAGGCAGUAACAGCGAUAAAGCCACUGAUCAGAGUCGCUGCUCUCUCCGGCUCCCUCCGUAAAGGCUCUUACAACACCGGUCUCCUCCGCGCCGCAAUCGACUUGACGAAAGAAUCGGUUCCGGGGAUGCAGAUUGAGUAUAUCGACAUAUCUCCGUUACCGUUGAUCAACACCGAUCUGGAAACCAACGGUACUUAUCCUCCCGUCGUCGAAGCUUUCCGGCAGAAGAUCCUUGAAGCCGAUAGCAUUCUCUUCGCUUCCCCUGAGUACAAUUUCUCUGUCUCAGCUCCACUUAAGAAUGCGAUUGAUUGGGCUUCAAGAUCACCUAAUGUUUGGGCUGACAAACCGGCCGCUGUGAUAAGCACCGGUGGAGGAGCUGGAGGAGGAAGAUCUCAGUAUCAUCUCCGGCAGAUCGGAGUGUUCCUUGAUCUUCAUUUCAUCAACAAACCGGAGUUUACUCUGAAUGCGUUUCAGCCGCCGAAGAAAUUCGAUGGGGAAGGAAACUUGGUGGAUGAAGCGUCUAAGGAGAGGUUGAAACAAGUCCUUGUGUCGUUACAGGCAUUUACUCUGCGACUCGCUAAGUAA